UCACCCGGCGGAGUGAAGUAGACAGUUGCACACCCAGGGUGCGGAGUGUUUGGAGGAGGAGAGUGGUCGAUAUGUCGAACUUGAGUUAGCUGUGAAGCUGGGUAGGCAGUGGGCAGUGGUGUUUGCCAUGCUAAGUCCAGCCAUUCCAUUGCAGAUGUCAAACAGCUUCUUGGAGGAUGUGCAAUUAAUUAUCUCGGACUGAAGAUAAGUUGUUCUGGCUUUAUUGCGUUUUGCAAGGAGUGGCUUUGCAGCGUUACAGAUGUAGGUGGUGAGUCCAGUCUUUAGCCAAGCACGUUCAGUUUGAUGCCACAGUGUUCGACACCAAGGUGCUCACUUUGACUAGCACACUCAGUGGAGACACUAAGACAUGAUCAUCAAUAACUUUACGCAAAACACAGUCCAGUUGAUCUGCAUUGAGCUUUGAAUGCCAGCAUACCAAUAUUGUGUGAAGAACGAGUGGGUCUCCAAUGUGGCACCGAUUGUGGGCAGUUGCGAUCGUUCGAUCAGCAUCCGGUAGUCGUCAGAUGAGAGAUCUUGAGAAAGAUCAGCUGGCUGAAUCAUUCAUAAUUGGUCACCAAUAAUUACUUCCCAUAUUUGUAUGAUUUACAUGUUAUAUCAUUUAUGAAAAGUGAAAUAUCAUAAUUCUUGUAACUGAAGAUAGUCACGUAAAUAGUAUAGUUUAUUAUGAAGUGCAUACAGUCAUUAAAAGCUACAAAACAUUUUCUUUAUAAGAGUGAGGAGAAAAUAAAUGUAUGCCGUUCAUGUUUUGAUUUUCUACCUGUCGAUUGACAGGCCCGAGAUUUUAAAAGAAGAUUUUAUCAAUUAAUUACACGAAUUUGUUGCUAAAUUCAUCUCCUCUUUGCUGUUCCUAGUGACCUUACGAUAUUGCCAGCGCCCCUUGCAUUUCUGCUUGACUCCUAACACUUGACAACCCUUCAACAUGCACUGCAGCAUUGUAUUUAUACCUUGGGGACAAGCAAUGGCUUACUGUUAUCGUUUACAACAGGGCCUCUCACAGGGCGUGAGAGGUCAUCGAUAAGACCGUCUUUUGCAGCUUGUGAGAUGAGAAUAGCUUUACCGACAUCAUAGUGUAGUUUUCGGUCUAGUCCAUGAUGCUGUAUAGUUUACUGAAGUAAUACUGUAUAUUCGCCAAGACUCUACCGAAGAAAACUAUAUAUUUGGUACAGAUUAAUUGACACCAUACUAUAUUACUCGAGUUUUUGUUUUCUAAAGUAAGUGUAACGUGUACAGUUGUUUGAUUGUCUUGUCUUCAAUGGAUGUUUUUUUCCCCCAGGACACAGCGGGUCACAUGACCAGCCGAUGUUGUAGGAAGGAUGUGCGCAUAUUUGUAGCAUCAGAUGUUAAGUUAUAAAACCCUGACAUGAAGCUGCGUGCAUACAGGAAUGGCCACUCUUCAUCAAAGAAAAUGGCUGACUAAAGGAUCAACAGAGUUAACGUUUCUUUCUUUCUUUGUUCUUGUUGUCGGCUUCCGAAAAUGGUUUUUUUGAAGCUGAAAUUUACAGGUAAGUUUUAUAUCGCGGUAACGAUUCGCGGUUGAAACUAUUUGUUCAAUGCGUGUUCAAUGAGUGGGUAGAAUAGCGGCACGUUCUGGGAAAGCCACGUGAAGUGUGACGUAAGCCCACAUAUUACAUCACAUCGUGACGCAGUAAGUAUUGUAGAUUUUCGUGUGGACAUUGAAUUUUAAUCUUGGAGAGAGCAGAGUGGUGCGAUGUGAUGUGAUCGAGUACUAUUAAAUGCAGAAAGGAAUUACAAUUCUGUAGUUAGUCGGUGUCUCCUUAACUGAUAUCUGAAAAAAAAAAAAAAACGCAAACCAUUGAUGUUGGUCUUGAAACUCUUCUUGGCUCCUACCCACCAGCAGUGAUGAUUUCCUAGAAAGCUCUCCCUAUCUGCCCAGCAGAGAAAGGACCGCAAUGUUUAGAGAAAGUAAAUGGCUGAGAAACGACUGGGGUACGCAUUUCUGUUUGUUAUUCCGUACAGUCUCUUGGCCAUUGGACUUGAACUUUGUUUCUUUCCUUAGACCCGAGCAAAGGACUAGUAGACUUGCAACAUACGAAUAAAAAAUUCCCUGAUAAAAUGGAUGAAGGACUGCGACCAGACUGCCCGACAAACUGGCAAAUCAACAAAGCAACAGGUAGACUGGUCUACUCACUGUAUUAACCUGUAAGGUAAUCCUGGCGAUAAAUAAAUCAGACCUAGCUACAGGUAUGGACUAAGCUCGUUGUCCCCAAGUAGAGUGGCGUGCUGUUCUGCCCAACGUGUUGCGGGGAAGAACAGGUAUGAGACAGCUCCUGGGAUUUGAAGACCAUUUGACACUCAGCAUAGCACAGCUAACAAAAUGCCUUCCUGGACUUUAGGAUUGCGACAUCAUGUGCCCACAUUUUAUUGAAAUCAACAGUGAUAAUAAGUAUAUUGCUAUAUGGAUAUUUAUCAACAUUUCCAGGACGAAGUACUAGUGUCAGUUGUCGUUAACAUUCUGUCUACUGGAAGCAUUUCUAAAUGGAAGUAAUCUAGUGAUUGUAUGAAAAAGUGACAACUGCUUUUGAGGUCUGGGCUUGCGAUUAGUAGCUGGCAACAGCCGAUAAAAUAUUGUGUCUUGACGGUGGGGGCCACGGAGGGGUGUGCGAUAAGCUCAACAACACUUGAGAAACGCGAGGGGAGAAAAUCAAGAACUUUAGAAGGAAAGAUACAUUUCUUUCCUUGAAAGCUUUUUUGUCAAACCACAAAGACUGCUGUGGCUGUUAUAGUAAAUUAUGUGUUUGAUAGUAACUAGUUUUUAUGGGUUUGCAACUCGUGUCUGGGGUGCAAACUCCUGUAUUUGUAUGAGUAACCUCAAUAAAUCUGAAAAGAGUUUUAAAUGGCUCAAACAGUAACACGUGAUUUUGAACUUGAGGCCACAGCUGUAAUGUUCAUGCUUACACAACAUCUUACAGACGUUAUCAUGUUGAAAGGUGUAAGGGAAAUGUUUUUGAGUUGACAUGAAAACAAAAAGUGUAUAUACAUCUGUAUAUCUAUCAGAUGCAACUUUGUCAUACUAAAAUCUCCGAAGUUUGGAAAUGACAUGGAAUAUCAAGAACUUAUUUUGUAACAAUCCAUUUCUCGUGGGAUUUCAAAUACUAAAAUGAAAGCUUAACGAGCUGGCAUGCAGCUAAUGUACCAUAUGUCUUUGUGAACAUGUUAAAACACACACACACACAGACACACAGACACACAGACACACCAAACCACACACACAUCUCCUCCGAAACGAAACAGCAAAGCGCAUAUACGAAACGAAAUAACAUAAAGACCCUUCACAAAGAAAUAAAAAAAGUGCAGUUUUGCACUGAAAACUACUGGAUUUACCUGCUACCUGGAGAUACAGCACCACACCAGCUAAGCUAUUUGAAGUACAUGUACUACAGUUUUAUUGUCACCAAAAGACGGUGUGUGCUAAGUGGAGGAUGGCUGUCCGCCAAAAUGCUGCGAUAACAGUGGAGUGGUGGCUGCUACCUGUUGGCGGUUACCUGUUGGCUGCCAGCUCUCCACGGCAACAUUCCCACCGCCCUGCCUAUCAGUAAAUAUUAUUCAGCUGUAAGCAGCCAGGUCUUACUCACUACCAGGCUUUUGUAGCCGAAGUCUUACAAAAGGGAAACCUCCGUUGACGAGCCUUUUUGUGUGAAGAACGCACCAUGGGCUGCAUAACAUCGUGUGGAAGAAUUGUCUUGAUUUUAAUCAACUUGGUGAUCCUGCUGGUAUCACUUGCCCUCGUCGUUUUGGGAGUUUUAAUGAAAUUUUUCCCCGGUAGCAUCGUGGAGACACUUCUUGCAAAGGUAGAAAUACCAUCAUCUUCAGCUCAAGACUUCGGAAGCAUUCCCAGUGUGGGAAAAAUUAUCAACUUUCCAUUCUUCGCUGACCUUGGCGUGGCCUUGCUCAUCUUCGGUUGCAUUCUGUUUGUCAUCUCCUUCUGCGCCUGCUGUGGAGCGUGUGGAAAGUGGCGCCCUCUUCUGCUUGUGUUUAUCAUUGCUAUGAUAGUUCUGAUCCUUGGACAGGCUGUGGUGGGUGGCCUCUUCCUGGCUAAGGACUCAAUACUCCAUGAAAAGAUCAAGGAGACUUUUGGCGAUGAAGUGACGAAAAACUACAAGGAUGGUAAUAGCAAUGCGAUUUCCAUAGCAAUGGACAUUCUCAACUUACAGCUUGAUUGCUGCGGCUUCAGAGGACCGAAGGAUUUUGCACUGAAUCCGAAAGUCAAAACCUGCUGUAGAAAGAAAAUAAUUAGCAGCCCCUCGGUUAAAAAAUGUGUGACGGAGGAUCUAAGCGACACUCAGACUUUCAACGAUGUGGGCUGUUAUGACAAGAUCCAGGAGAAAAUCCAGGACAAAAUAGUGAUGGCAGCUGUCAUUCUGAGUGUGAUCCUGUUGUUGCAGUUGCUGGAGGUCGUGUUCGCCAUCCUCCUUGUUAAAGAUGCUGGUCAAGUAUCUCCAGUGUAAGCUGAGCGUAAACUGUAGAGAAGAUCAUCUAACGGAGAGAUCAGUUUUGUGACGACUUCCAUGAGUGAAAUAUUUAAAUGCUAUAAUAAUAAUGAUGAUGAUGAUGAUGAUGAUGAUUUUAUUUAAAUAGUGAUUCUACCCACCAUUAAAUGUUGGCUGAAAGCGCUUUACUAAAAAGAAAAAGCACACAAACAUAAUAAUAAUGGAUGCUGGUCUCAAAAACAAUCGCUGAAAAAUAGCCGAAUUCUAGUAGUAAAAUCAUCAGGUUAGUUUUAUUAUCGCUGAGAAAUAGCCAGAUUCUGUUCAAGAAUAUCCAGACUGAAAUACUGGAGGCAACCAUCAGCAUGUUGGGGUAGUCGUAGACUCUUCACAAGCUCUGGCCUCCUACGACUAUGGAGAGAGUUGUGGUGGCCAUUACACACACCUGUCCGCUACCUGAUAUAGAAACAUGGUUGCCUCCACACUACUAGGUAUAACACAGAGAAAAUUCCUAGAUUUAUACCGACUGUAUAUAUAGUUCCAAAUUCAUGUUCUUUAAUUAUACAUAGCCCAAGGUCUGUUCCCAAAUUGUCAUGGUGUCGAGCAAAAAUGAGAAACGAGCGAACAUUCCACUUAAAUGCCGCAGAACCACACACACAAACACACAAACACACAAACACACAAACACAUGCACGCACGAAAUCACGGACCACUGCUGUGUUUAAUUUAUUUUCGAACAGUGUUAAUCUGGAGAGCAACAGAGAUUGUGAGCAAAAGCAAACCUGACACACACACAUAUAUAUAUUUUGUAUAGAUUGAAAAAAGUUUCUUGAUUACCUAUUCCACUUGACAAUUUGCAUAACGUGUAUAUUGUUUGACUAAAGAGCUUCGUCCAUCUACAUAAAUCCAGUAUUUUCUAUGUACUUACACCUGAACAUCGUCAGCAGCGGGUACCUCAUACAACAAUAUGUAAGCGAUACUGGAAGACUCGGUGGAUAAUGGAGAUAAUGGUUGAUUGCAUAAACUAUUGUAAAAAUGUAAACCUGUAAACCUGUAAAUCUGUAGGUGGAAUGUUCCUCGGCUAUGGGGCACACUACAGGGUCUCCACUACUGUAAAGUCUACUCUGCUAUUUACUGCUCAGAAUUAGAAACAAGCUUGAGAAUUUGUUAUCGCAACGAGAUUCUGCUCAUUCCUAGAGAAACUUCUUAAAUUUUUAUUAUCUGUCUGCACAUUCAAGUAGGUAAUAAAUUCUAAGAAAUCUACUCAGUUCUGUUUAUUCCAUUCAAUACUUUCGAUACACACUUUUUCACCAAUUUUUUAGAAACUUCUUCUAUACCAUAUAAAUAACAUAUAACCCAUACUGGUCUCACUUAAACAUUUUUAUACAAUAAUGUGAUACUUUGUCAAUGUACUUUGUCCAAAUCUUUGAUCGGUAUUGUUUGUACAACAUUUUCUUUCUUUUAUUUAUUUAUUUUCCCGAUUUGAUUCGUAGCUUAUGUGAAUAACGACUUUGCUAUAAAAUAAAAUGAUAAAAGACAAAAUUUUGUAAAUAUAUUUUAUAACAGCCUUCUGAUUUGCUUUUAUUGUCUACUCCGCACAAAUCAGUUUACUAUAUAACAACUAUACAAAUGUGUUUGUAUUAUACGAUACAUAACUGUUAAUUAUUAACACAAAUAGAUGUGAUAUUUAUAAGUGAGUUUCGUAAUUACUGGAAUCAGGGUAAAAAUAACAUUCUUACAUCUGAGAUUAAACAUGAUGAUUUACAAUCUGA